UUAUUGAACAGUUAAAUUCUAAUCCUUUUCCAGUCAGAUCACAUGACUUUAAAUUCUCUGUUUCUUUCACUUCCUAUUUUUCAAGAAGUCAUUUUUGUGGGAAAACUGUGAGCAGCAGGAUUCUUGUUUUUCCAUCAGCAGGAAACAUUUUAAGGACUCCAAACAAAGCUCUGAGAUGACAGACGCUCCUCGAGAAGAUGACAGCAGCAGGUCCAACAGCAAUGACUUUCCGUCCCCUGACCGUCCUCUAAAUAGGCAAAACCCUGAUUUAGACGGAGACGGUCAAACCUUCCUCCCUAAACAUAACGCAGGCAAAAAGCAUGAAACUAGAUAUCACAAUGCCUCCUUCAGCAUGUCCGUCUUCAACCUGGGCAACGCCAUCAUGGGCAGCGGCAUCCUGGGUCUGUCCUUCGCCAUGGCCAACACCGGCAUCGCCCUGUUUGUGUUUCUCUUGGUUUCCUUUGCCAUUUUCUCCAUUUAUUCUGUCCACUUGUUGCUGAAGACAGCCGAUGAAGCAGGUGCUCUUGUUUACGAGUCACUGGGUUACAAGGCCUUUGGGAUCCCAGGCAAACUGGCUGCUUCCUGCUCCAUCACCAUGCAGAACAUUGGAGCCAUGUCAAGCUACCUCUACAUUAUCAAAAAGGAAUUCCCCAUUGUAAUUCAGUCCUUUACUGGAGCAAAUGAUGGUGAAUGGUACGUCAAUGGAGAUUACCUUGUGAUUCUGGUCUCUGUUAUUGUUAUCCUGCCUCUCUCAUUACUCAGGAAUUUAGGUAAAGAGUGUGUGCGUGUGUGUGUGUGGGUUUGUGGGAACCCGCUGCUCAUUGUGGGGACUGAAGCCUGGUCCCCACAAGGGGAAACGCUGUUUUGGGGUCAGGGGUUAGAUUUAGGUCUAAGGUGUGAACUUAGUUUUGGUUAAGGUUAGAAUAAGGGUAAGGUUUCGGCUGUAGAAAUGAAUGGAAGUCAAUGGAAAGUCCCCACAAAGAUAGCCACGCAAACGUGUGU